CUCUCCAGUCUUUGUUCAAAUAUGAAGUAGUGGUGAGAAUUAAGAUGAGCUAUUGAUAUGAAGUGCUGAGGUUGAGGCCCAGCUCCACCUGAGAAUUUUCAGUGGGGAACAUUGCGCUACUCAUGGCCAACUUGGUGGUGUUAGCCGUGGCAAAGGAACUCACGCAUACACAAGAUGGAAUCAUGGAACGCCGUAUCGGCAACCUCAAUUAUAAUUCAUUCAUUUUCUUCCAUUUCCAUAUAGCUAUAUUAAACUUUGGACUCUAUCUAAAUUCAUCUCUGUACGCUUGGUGCGUGCGGCUGCCGCCGUCGCCUUUGCGUAAACAUGAAUUCGGCCUCUUACACACGAAAGCUUUCAGCGUCAAGCAAACAAAUUGAUUUAUAAAUUGUCUCCUCUAUCUAAUUUCCGUUGGCUUGCAUUUGUGACUGGGCUUAGUAAUAAAGUUUUAAUUACAACUACCGCCCAUGGUAUAUCUUCGAAAGGGAGGGAAG